AUGGAGCGCACACCCUCCCCUCCCCGUCGCAUUCACACGCCGCCCGCGCCGCUGCAUGGAGACACCUAUGAGCCCUUUUCACCGCGCCGAUCGCGCAGAGUGGCCGCCAAACACGAUACUCACAUUCACCAACAGGAGCGGUCAGGCCCACGGACCAGGCGCGACAUCACACCAACAGCCUCAUCAUCUAAGACCUCUGCUGCCCGUACAAAUCCCUCUUUCGCACUCUCACCGCCGUCGUCGCCAGUAUCCCCACAACAAUUCCGCUCCCCACGCUCGACCCGUCGUGCGCCUUUGGACCUCAAUCCGCUCGACUCCGACUCCGACAACGCCGCACCAACAUCUUCACGACGCUCUCUAUUCGCAAACAUGGUUCCAGGAAUGCUACCCACUCCAGCGAAGACCCCGCGCAAGCGCCGCGUCGAAGACGUGAGCUCUACAGCGCGCGUGUUGUUUCCUACCAACCGCCCGUCUACUAUCGAAGAAGCGAUGCCAACCCCACGCAAAGGCCGCAAGACAAAGAACCUAUACACCCUAGAGAGCUUCGCUGAGCAGAUGGACGAGAACACCGAGAAGAUCUCCAUCUUCACCGACUCCAAGGAACGUGUACCUACACCCGGUGCCCAAACUGAAGAGAACCCGUUCAUCACAGUCAAGGGUAAGGGCAAGGCGAAAGCUACUCCUCAAAAGUCAAGGAAGGUCAUCGACCGAAAGACAGUUAAGAUGGAGGCGGCUGCCGAUCGUGACGAAGGCAUGGUGUACAUCUUCCGGGGUCGCAAGGUCUUCCGCAAGUUCCACGACGAUGCACCCUCCGGCGCUUCAGAGGCCGAGCAAGAUGACGACCUCUCCGCCGACGACAAGCAAGUACGCCGUCAGAUUGGUCACGAGGCACGCCGUCCGCUCACUCGUUCAUCUAUCAAGCCACGUCUUCUCUUCCAAGCAGAGAUCAAAGAGCGCAACCGUGCAAACGGUAUCGAGACUGAUGAGGAGGAGGCGACUACCGAAAUUGACGAGCCAAUCGCAACCCCGAGUCGUAGGAAGGGAAAGAGCGUCGUUCCAACGCCAUCGUUGGCCACGACGCCGCCGCCUACGACUCGCAAGCUCAAGAAGGAGAUUUCGUUCGACUCUUGGUCGCGAGUCAAGUCAGCGCACAGCUCAAGCAGCUCAGUCAAGACAUCCAAGAAGCGCAGCGGUGAGCCGCUUGAGCGCGAGGCGGCAGACAAGCGAGCUCGCACCCGUUCGUCUUGA